UGACAAUAAAGUGAUUUGAUUUGAUUUAUAUGUUGAAAGGGGGGAGGGGGAGGUGCUGAGUUCCUGUUCAGUAACACAAAGGCGGUGAGGAGAUGAGUGCAUCCAAACCCCAGAAAAGCAGUUCGGUGAGAAUCGGACACUCUCUGAAUACGAACGAGGAAGAGUUUGUAAACAGAAGGAAAGACAUCCUUCUAAAAUGCCUUGAGACGCUCGAUAUAAAGUGUAGUCAGGUGCCAAAAAUUGCACUACUGGGUUCUGGAGGAGGAGAACGAGCCAUGGUGGGUUUACUGGGAUCCCUGGAUCAACUCGGCAAAGCAGGUCUUCUGGACUGUUUCCUCUAUCUGUGUGGAGUCUCUGGAUCUACAUGGUGCAUGGCGUCAUUAUACCAAGAACCGGACUGGUCCAGCAAUCUGGAGACAGUGAAACAAAAGAUUGUGCAGAGACUCAGUGGUAGAGGAGUGAGCUGGAGUGAAGCAUUUUCCAAACUGAAGACUUAUUACUAUGAGAAAGACAUCUUCAGUUUGACAGACGCUUGGGCAGUGAUGGUCAUCACUUCAUAUGUGAAAGAGAUAGACGAACACAAACUCUCAGAGUGGAACAGCAAGAACAGUAAAGACCCGUAUCCCAUCUACACAGUGAUCGACAAGCGAUGCAAACAGCACAAAGAAGCAGACCCCUGGUUUGAGAUCACUCCUCAUGAAGCAGGUUAUUCCCUCAUUGGAGCAUUUGUGGACAUCUCUGGGUUUGGCAGUCAGUUUGAAAAUGGCUCAAAAAAUAAGAACCAGCCUGAAAUUGACAUGCUCUACCUACAAGCUCUGUGUGGCAGCGCUCUUGCUGAUGAAGAUGAGAUUUCGAAAUUCCUUUGGGAAAAGUUAAAAGAAUUCUUUCAUCAUUCCAAAUCUUCAAAUGUGUUUGAGGAAAUGCAGAAAGAUCCAGGAUCUCCACCUGUGCACAUUGGCUAUCAGGUGCUCAUGGAUCUUAUGGACAUGAAUCUGAGUGUUUUGGAUGGCAUCGACCCGUCUCCUUACGAUACAGACAUAAGAGAAAAACUGGCAGAACUUUCUGGAGGCAAAUCUCAGCUGAUUUUUGAUGUCGGAACACUCGAUAUCACUGACAAAGCAGCCGCAAAAGUGUACAUGAAGCAAUACACAAAGGGUGUAUGCAACUAUGCGAAACGCUGGUUCAGUUUCUGGCCAUAUGAUUGUUGGACGAGCAUUUGUAAAUGCAUGGUUGGGUCGAUCUGGGGCAGGAACUAUAACUUUCUCCACAACACCACAGAUGGAUCAGUGCCUUCUGUUCUGCAGUCAAGUGAGAAGAGAGACUAUGAGGAUGCUGGACUGUUGCUCAACUCACCGUUCAUCUCAGUGUUGAGAGAAGAGAGAGACGUUAAUCUCAUUAUUUCUCUGGAUUUCAGCGAAGGCGAUCCUUUCCUGACUGUGACGGAAGCUGCUAAGAAAUGUGAGGAACGAAACAUCCCUUUCCCAAGAAUCAUCCCACCAAGUGAGGACUCUACAAAUCCGAAGGACUUCUAUGUGUUUGAAGGCAAAGGGAACGCUCCAACCGUGAUACACAUUCCACUCUUUAAUACCGUCAACUGUGGAGAUAAACUUGAGGAAAUGAGGAAGAAAUAUAAAACCUUUCAAGGGUCGUACAGUGAAGAGAUGAUCAAUGAGCUCAUGGAGCUUGCUGGGAAAAACAUCACAAAUAACAAAGAGAAACUGCUGGAAUGGAUUCGUAAAGCAGCAAAUGAACCAUGAGUUACUGUGUCCAUGUGCUUAAUACAGAUAAUGACAAUCUGAAUAUUGGCUAAACCGAUCAACUAUAUGUGCUCAUUUCACAAGAUAAUAAUGAUUAAUAUCUAUACCUUUCUCCAUCAUCUUUUAACAUAAAUCAGCAUUAUUUUUCCUGCAAUAUGUGAUUUUGUCUGACAUGAUCUGAGAUUGGUCAUGUUUGCACUUAUUUUCUGUUUAAUAUGUUAUAAAUGUUUCUACAUGUUUCAGUCUGUAUUACAUUUGGAAGACUGUUCCCUCAUGCUUGACUCUUAUUAAGCAAUAAUAUGUUGAUUACUAAUAAUCAAAUUAACAAUUACACAAUUCAUGAUUGCUGAUUAAAAAUAAAUGAAUAAACUGUUAU